CCACUGUACCUGACCACUCCAGAGCUCCCACCACCCACGCUGGGCUGUUGAGGCACAUAUGAAGGAGAGUUACUGCAGCCCGGAGCCUCUCUCUCUCACUCCCUCCCUCUCUCUCUCUUUCUCUCUCUCUCACUCUCUCCCUCUCUCUCUCGUUCUCCCUCUCUUCCACAGAGUGCUGCGAUCUCUCUUUCUGCUACAUCCUUUCCUCCAGCGAGUAAUGAGAUGAACCUGUCUUUUGCUUGUUGCUAGGGGACGUCAAAUAAAGAAGACUGGACCAGCUGUUAUUUUGUCGCUAAGCCCUGGAGCAAGCAGGCAUGGCUCAGGGGUCCAGGGAGCAGGCCGGUGUGGGAACAGCUGACCCUGAGGAGGACUCUCCCAACAUGAUCGUCUACAGAAAGAUUGAAGACAUUAUCUGCAGGAUACAAGAUGAGACAGAAGGAGUGCCUAUGCGGACAGUCAAGAGCUUCAUGACCAAGAUUCCCAGUGUGGUGACAGGCACAGACAUCAUUCAGUGGCUGAUGAAGAAUUUAUCCAUUGAUGAUCCAGCUGAAGCCAUUCAUGUUGGGAGCCUCGUUGCUGCCCAGGGUUAUAUCUUCCCCAUCUCUGACCACGUCCUCACACUGAAGGAUGAUGGGACAUUCUACCGCUUCCAGGCUCCGUAUUAUUGGCCUUCCAACUGCUGGGAGCCAGAGAACACAGACUACGCUAUAUACCUGUGCAAGCGUACCAUGCAGAACAAGGCUCGACUGGAGCUCGCUGACUACGAGGCUGAGAAUCUGGCAAGGUUGCAGAGGGCUUUUGCCAGGAAGUGGGAGUUCAUCUUCAUGCAGGCAGAGGCGCAGGCCAGGAUUGAUAGGAAGAAGGACAAAACAGAGCGAAAGAUUCUGGACAGCCAGGAAAGAGCAUUCUGGGAUGUCCACCGGCCCGUGCCCGGCUGUGUGAACACCACAGAGAUGGACAUCCGGAAGUGCCGGCGCAUUCGGAACCCUCACAAAGUGAAGAAGUCCGUGUAUGGGGUGAUUGAGGAAGGUCAAGAAACCAGUCCAGUGCACACAUCAUCACGACCCGGCAGGAAGCACACCAAAGAGGAUGUGCAGAAGGAGAUCUCUUUCCUAAACAACCAGCUGGACAGGCACUGUAUGAAAAUGUCCAAGGUCGCAGAAAGUCUAAUGACCUACACAGAGCUGUUCCUGGACUACGACCCAUUUGUGUGCCCCCCAGAGCCCUCCAACCCCUGGAUCUCUGAGGACUGUUCUCUUUGGGACUUGGAGUCCAGUAACGAGCCCAGCCAGCGGCGCGUGAGAAAGUGGGGGUUCUCUCUGGACGAGGCCCUCCGCGACCCCGUGGGGAGAGACCAGUUCCUCAAGUUCCUGGAGUCCGAGUUCAGCUCAGAGAAUCUGCGGUUCUGGCUGGCAGUGCAGGACCUGAAACAGCGCCCUUUGCAGGACGUGUCGAGUCGCGCUCAGGAGAUCUGGCAGGAGUUCCUUGCUGACGGUGCCCCCAGUUCCAUCAACCUGGACUCCCAGAGCUAUGAGCGCACCAGCCAGAACCUCUCAGACCCCGGGCGCUACAGCUUUGAGGACGCCCAGGACCACAUCUACAUGUUGAUGAAAAGUGACAGCUACGCACGCUUCCUCCGAUCAAACGCUUACCAGGAUCUGCUGCUCUCCAGAAAGAAGACUGACAGUGAUCAGGGGCGACGGACCUCCCUGGAGAAAUUCACACGCAGUGUGGGAAAGUCCUUGACGGGCAAGCGGCUGACAGGCCUCAUGCAGUCUUGACAGGCCUGGGGCUAGAGUACAAGAAGAUACCCCAGGGAAAGGCAUCUGGUGUGGGGUACAGAGGGCCAUAGGUGGAGCCCCGUGGAAAAAUGGCUUGGGGCCCCCACACCUAUACCUCUACAUGCAAUACACCACUAAUACAGCACUACAAACCAGACAUAGCUGUCUUCAUACAUUUAUCAGAUAGAAUUUUCCUUGGAGUUUAAUCUACUGUAUAUCUACAUGUAAAAGGAAUAUGUCCUUUCUCUCGGAUCCUUUUAUAGAGCACACUAGGGCAGUAAUAGUUAUCAGUUCUGUAGAAGAAACAAUUAACUCUUUAACUGGUACACCAAGAAAAACCUUUUAAAAAGCGUUCUUCUUGGUGUACCAGGAAAAUGAUAUUGCUCGGAUGAGAGGACCAUUAAUAGAUUAAUGCUUUAAUUGGUGAAUUUUUUAAAGAAUCAUAUUUCUUAAGCACCUUUUGUUUGUUUGUUUCUUAUAGAAAAGUUAAGGAACCUUUAAUGUCUUGUGAGACAUACAUAUAUCAGUCUUAAUAACCAAAGUUUCUAUUAAAAUGUUUUUGUUUUGGUGGCCAGGGGGUUGGCAUUAAACUCGCUCAAAAAAAAAAAGGUUUUUAAUUUCAAAUUAUGUGGGUCAUUUGAAAAUGUAAUAUAAUCAUGUAAUUUUUUGUUUCAUUCCAUAUAAAUGUAACUGUAAACCUCAUGGGUAAGGCCCAUAACCAUUAUACAGCACGGAUUUAUUACAUCAAGUAUUCAGCACAGUACUGUUUGGUUACAUUACACCUUGGAAUUAUAUUUACUUAUUAACUGAUGGCAAGAGAUGUAUCAUGACCUAUAUGGACUGACAGCAGUGGGUUAUAGUUUUUAUCGGCUCAUCAUGUGUUUGCGAGCAGAGUGUGAUUUUAAACGUGACGCCCACCCACGUUUGACAUUGCUAAUUUGCUUCAAGGCCGAUCCUGUCCACUGCAGGUUACAAGUAUCUUCAAGCUAAUGUGAGAGUGAUGAUGAUGACGGUGAUGACGAUGAUGAUGAUGAUGAU